AUGGCGGCUGCGGGGUCAAACACCAUCAAGGUGGUGGCCAGAUUCCGUCCGCAGAACAAGGUCGAACUGUCCUCCGGAGGCCAGCCGAUUGUUGAUUUCGAGAAUGAAGAGUCAUGUAGCAUCAACUCUCGUGAGGGGACUGGGUCAUUCACUUUCGAUCGUGUGUUCCCCAUGAACACUGCGCAAAAUGAUAUCUUCGACUUCUCGAUUCGACCUACCGUGGACGAUAUUCUCAAUGGAUAUAACGGAACAGUUUUCGCCUAUGGUCAGACCGGUGCCGGAAAGUCGUAUACUAUGAUGGGUUCCGACAUCGAUGACGACGAGGGCAAGGGUAUCAUUCCUCGAAUGAUUGAGCAGAUCUUUGCCAGUAUUCUGACUAGCCCGAGCAACAUUGAGUACACGGUACGGGUCAGCUAUAUGGAAAUUUACAUGGAGCGAAUUCGCGAUCUUUUGGUGCCGCAGAACGAUAACCUGCCAGUCCACGAGGAGAAGUCUCGCGGAGUCUAUGUGAAGGGAUUGCUCGAGGUUUACGUGUCCAGCGUCCAAGAGGUCUAUGAAGUUAUGCGCCGCGGAGGAACAGCACGAGCAGUGGCUGCAACCAACAUGAACCAGGAAUCAUCUCGUUCCCACUCCAUCUUCGUUAUCACUGUCACUCAGAAGAAUGUCGAGACCGGGUCGGCCAAGAGUGGCCAGUUGUUCUUGGUCGAUUUGGCUGGUAGUGAAAAGGUCGGCAAGACCGGCGCAAGUGGCCAGACCCUGGAGGAGGCCAAGAAGAUCAACAAGAGUUUGAGUGCUCUAGGAAUGGUCAUCAACGCUUUGACAGACGGCAAAUCGACACAUAUUCCUUACCGUGACUCUAAGCUUACCCGAAUUCUACAAGAGUCCUUGGGAGGUAACUCGCGGACGACCCUGAUUAUCAACUGUUCGCCCAGCAGCUACAACGACGCCGAAACGAUCUCAACCCUGCGAUUUGGUGUACGUGCCAAGGCAAUCAAGAACAAGGCCAAGGUUAACGCAGAGCUCAGCCCAGCUGAGAUGAAGCAACUGUUGCGGAAGGCGCAGAGCCAAAUGACAAAUUUCGAAAGCUACAUCUCUGCUUUGGAGGGCGAAGUCAGCCUGUGGCGUAGCGGCGAUAGCGUGCCCAAGGACCAAUGGACUCCCUCGCGUGGAAAUGAAAUUGUCAGUACCGCAAAGGCCGAAGCACGUGCCCCAAGGCCUGGUACUCCUUCGCGUCUUCAGGAAACUGCUCGUUCGGAAACACCGCGUCCGGAUUCCCGAGUUGGGGAUCGUUCCAGUACUCCCAGCCUGGUGCUGGAGAAGGAUGAACGUGAGGAGUUCUUGCGCCGUGAGAACGAGUUCCAGGACCAGAUUUCGGAGAAGGAGUCUCACAUUGUCAAUGUGGAACGCAGCCUCCGCGAGGCACGGGAAGAGCUCAGAUCCAUGAAGGAGAAUGGUGCACGAACCGGCAAGGACAACGAGCGAUUGGGAACCGAGGUGAACGAGCUCCGCAUGCAACUCGAGAAGGUCUCGUACGAGAGCAAGGAAGCGGCAAUUACCAUGGAUGGCCUCCGGGAGGCCAAUUCUGAGCUCACCGGCGAGCUUGAUGAGGUGAAGCAGCAGCUUCUGGAUGUUCGCAUGCGAGCUAAGGAAACCACUGCGGCACUUGAUGAGAAGGAAAAGAAGAAAACAGAAAAAAUGGCCAAGAUGAUGGCUGGGUUCGACCUUGGUGGUGAUGUGUUCUCCGACAACGAACGCAAACUACAAGAUCUGAUCCAACGCGUUGACUCCUUGCACCAGAUCAGCGCAGAGGGCGAAACAAUUGCCCCAGAUGAUAUUCUCGAGCUCCGCACGAAUCUACUUGAAGCACAAGGCUUUAUUCGUCAGGCCGAGCUGACAGUGAAUGAUCGAAGCGACUUUGGCGAGCUGCAGGACAGCCGCCGCGCAGACCUGGAGAAGAAAUUGGAUGAACUUCAACAAGACUACGAGGGACUUCUGACCCGCAACCUUGCUGAAGGCGACGUUGAGGAGAUUCGUGGACGCCUGGAGAAGGUUUACGCGACGAAGAAGGAGGCCGAAACUGCCGCAGCUGAGGAUCUUCGCUCUGAUAUCUCGCGCAAGGAUGAGGAGUUAACGAAGUUGCGCCAAUCCCUUGUUGAUACCCAGUCCCGCACGUCAACCAAUGGCGCUGCCAGCAAGACUUUGCAGCAGCAAAUCACCGAGUUCGAUGCCAUGAAGAAAUCUCUCAUGCGUGACUUGCAGAACCGCUGCGAGCGAGUGGUCGAGUUGGAGAUUUCCCUGGAUGAUGCGCGAGAGCAGUAUAACAACGUUCUUCGUUCCUCCAACAACCGCGCUCAGCAGAAGAAGAUGGCCUUCUUGGAGCGCAACCUUGAGCAACUAACCCAUGUUCAGCGCCAGCUUGUUGAGCAGAACAGUAGUCUCAAGAAGGAGGUGGCGAUCGCUGAGCGCAAGUUGAUUGCACGUAACGAGCGCAUUGCCAGCUUGGAGGCCCUGCUCCAGGAGAGCCAAGAGAAACUGACCCAGGCCAACCACAGAUUCGAAGCUCAGCUCACUGCCGUCAAGGAGCGCCUGGAGGCAGCCAAGCAAGGCUCCACCCGGGGCUUGCCCAGUAUGGACGGCAAUGCGAGUUUUAGUUUCGGGGGGUCGCGCAUCGCGAAGCCGCUACGCGGCGGUGGCACCUCGGACGGGCCGGCGAACGCGAGUGUCGCGGGUGUACAAUCGCAAGAGGCGACUGGCAAGCGCAGCAGCUGGUUCUUCGACCGUCGAUGA